UCGUUUCGGUUAGCCACCGAGACAGGCAUUUUGUUAACAAUGCGACUGCUAAUUAACAGUUUUGCGGUUAAUAUAUACUAGUAUCUUAUAUUUCAUGAGAAUGGGGUCAUUUAAAUUCAUCGCUGGACCAGAAAACACAGCGACAGAGGCCACAGUCACAGAGGCCAGGCUGGUGUGCCAAGGAAUAAACAAUCACAGCUACAUCUGCGUGUCAGGCCACUGCUGUGGAGAGACCCAGUGCUGCAGCUACUACUAUGAACUGUGGUGGUUCUGGCUGGUGUGGACUCUGAUCAUUAUCCUGACGUGCUGCUGCAUCUGUCAGCACUGGCGCUCCAAGCAGCGCUUCCAGCAGCAGCGGCGGCAGAACGAGAUCAACCUCAUCGCGUACCGAGAGGCCCACAACAACUCCCAGCUCCCCCUCUAUCUCAGAUUCCUGCCUACCUACCUGCUGCCGGCCUAUGACGAGGUGGUUGACCGCCCCGUCACGCCGCCUCCCCCUUACACCCCUCUGCAGUCAGCACACCCGUCCGCGCAUGCGCCGGGGGAAUCUCCCGACCUCCGCCCGGCCAUCUCGGUCCCCGGCGACGUGCCGCCCCCCGCUACUCCGGAGGUCGCGCAGACCCGCCUCCAAGGCGCUCACAACCCCAGCAAGGACUCGACGCCGGGCAGGUACCGGCGCUUCACGGGGGACUCCGGGAUCGGAGUGUGCGACUGCCAGGAGCUGUGGGAUCAACGCAGCCUCUUGGAGACGGAGGAAGAGACAGUGGAUGAGGGGGCGGGGCAAACGGAGGGCCCGUGCGAUCGCUGCGGCCCCGACUCUAGACUCGGCCGCGACAGCGACGCGGUCAUCGCUGGACACACAGAUGGACACACGGCCGCAGAGACCGAGCCACGGGCUCUUCGGUAACCCACCCUGAUCUCUUUUUUAUAUCUGCAGUCCGGAAACUCUGCAGCGGUCACUGAUAACAAAGGCACACUGUUGGUGCCGAGUGUGCACGUGUGAGAGAGAGAGAGAGAGAGAGUGU